AUGUGCGAACGCCUGACUUCCCCACCAGACGACCUCAUCUGGGAAAUGUCGAUGACCCAGGAAGGCCUGGCCGGCAAGACUCAGCACAUUCAGGCGUCCAACGCCGUCGGGUUUGUCACAGCCCUUGAGCAUAUGGCCAAGGAGUCAGACGGCGUGACCUUUGGCCUACACAUUUCUAGUAUCAACCCCUCAGAGUUCAAUGACAUGGCCACUGAUUCCAGUGAUGGCGACCCUGCGGGCACCACCAAUUUGCCACUCCCGCCCCCCAACUCACUGUCACCCCCGCGCAUCAGACUCGCAGGACUGAAACCCACGAGCAAACCACGAAUCACUUUGACCCCAAUUGGGUUGGCAGUAGAGUACACCCUCUACGUCCCCCAUGGUGACCUCAAGAGAAAAAUAUUUGCCCACCUCGCCAAGCAGUGCGACCCUGGCCGACUUGAUGUCGUUGCCAUUGAAAGCAAUGUCCUCAGUUGCUUGGCGUGA